AUGCUGUGUGCGUAUCCCACAGUCAAGUAUGUCCAAAUCCAAGACUCUCGGUUAGUAUGUCUUCGGUACACGCUGCUGUUGGCCAUUGCCUUUUAUGUUGGUUUCUUUGAAAUGUUUGCCCUGGGCGGUUGGUUGGAUCCGUCUCCCGUGGUGGGUGUGGUUCGAUUUUCGCUGCAACAACCGACCGUCGACAAUUGCGAUCCGAGCUUGCCGGGUUGCGACAAUGCCUUUUCGCCAGUGGAUACCAUGCCCUAUUGCAAACAAUAUUAUUCUCGCAACAACAACAAGACGGAAUACAAGGGCCACGUGUAUCCGUGCGAAAUCUACGAAGCCGCCAGUGCCCAACUGAUCAAUGAGAAAUCCUUGACGGUCAUGACCCGUGCGUCGACGACAGAGCAAGAGUUUGUCUGUCCCGCCAGUACUACUGGAAGUUGUCCCAACACGUACAACAAUACAUCUCCGGCAUACAAGUUUUACGUCCACCAAAGUGAAUCCUUUACCGUUCUCAUUGAUCAUGCCGUCACAGCUUCAAAGAUUUGCACGGCCCAUCAACAACAACAAUUGACGACGGAUGGAACUCCUCACGCGGUCAAUUAUGCCUGUUCUGCCGAAUCGGCCGCUUACCAAGGACGCUUGUAUUCCAAAAAUCAACACUUGUGUCAACAAGAAGCCAAGAAACAAAAUGCCUUUUACGAUUAUCGGAGCAACUUUUCCACCGACACGGCGCCCUGCUACAUUAAUCCCAAUCGCACCCAAACGUCUCAUCAAGAUUUCUUUUCCUUGAAUGUCUUGUUGCAAGCCGCUGGUGUCAACAGUUUGGACGAUUGCAAUAUCAACAAUGACAAUGGUGACAACAAGUGCCAAACUUUUCGAGAUACCGGAGCCACAUUGCUCUUGAAUGUCUUUUGGAGUGAUUUUGUCAAUUACCGGGGAGUGGUGGAACCGCAUUAUUACUAUUCCCCCCAAUUGGUCGGAACAUCUUCCUACAAGCAGUUCAUUCCCUUUUAUCACGGACACUACCGAUCCAAUCGCACCCUCUUGAAUGCCCAUGGAAUUCGAGUGGCCGUAUUGUUGGGAGGAGAGUUUCACAUGUUUCAUUCCGUUACCUUUUUGGUCACACUCACCACAGCGUUGGGAUUGUUGGCCGUCGCCACCACCGUGGUCGAUAGUCUCAUGCUCUACGUAUUGCCCGAAAAGGAUCGAUACAAUCAAGUCAAGUACGAUGAAGCCGUUAUUGAAGCCGAUGAUGCCGUGUCGUCCACCUUGCGAGCGGGAUGGGGACACUUGCGACAAGUCAACCAGAAUCUCAUGACGAUGAAUAAUAAUCACAACAACAACAAUAAUUUCAUGGGAAUGAGCAACAAUACGUUUACAGAGGAUGGUCCACAGGAACCAAAUAAUAAUGCAGUCAUGGACCCGUAUCUGCAGCAGGAAGACAACGACAACAAUAAUCAGAGUCUCGUGGAUCCUCUGCUGCCCGCGGGUGCUGCAGGUACUACAUUUCAGAUGAACGAAAGACCGACAACUGAUCCAUCAUACAGUAAUGAGUGA